AUGGGCGGCGAAAACGUAGACUACUCGCUGUAUCUGGUGACCGACUCCACAGAUGCUAUUCUCGGCUCGCGGAACCUGGCCGACGUGGUCGAGCAGGCUGUAACGGGAGGUGUCACCAUCGUCCAAUACAGAGACAAGACCUCUGACACUGGCGUCCUCAUCUUAACGGCAAAAGCACUACAUCAAAAAUGCAAAACACAUGGCAUCCCCCUUCUGAUCAAUGACCGUGUCGAUGUCGCAUUGGCGGUUGGAUGUGAGGGCGUACACUUGGGCCAGGAUGACAUGAAUGUUGCCGAAGCCCGCCGCAUCUUGGGCAAAGAAAAAAUCAUUGGUGCAACCGUCUGCUCCAUCGAGGAAGCCCGCAUUGCGGUUGAGCGAGGGGCAGACUAUCUGGGCAUCGGUACCCUCUACGCCACCAACACGAAGAAGAAUACCAAAGAAAUCAUUGGCAUUGCUGGAAUUCGAAAGAUUCUUGCAUAUCUUGAUCAAGGCAGCGAGGCAGAGAAAAAUGUCAAGAGCGUAUGCAUCGGCGGCGUCAAUGCCUCAAACGUGCAGCGCGUAACACACCAACUUCUCACCCCAACACCUACCGAUUUCAAGUCCAAGACAAUUGACGGUGUCGCAGUCGUAUCAGCUAUAGUUGGAGCUGCUGAUCCCAAGGCUGCCUCGCAAAACCUACUGAAGCUCCUCAAGUCUCCACCACCAUUCAAGCUCAAGUCGACGGAACCACACUUCUGGCACGAGAAGAACGACGACGAGAUCAGAUCGGUCCUGGCCCAAGCAGCAAAAUGUACCCAACAGGUCAAAGAAAUAGGCCCCCUAUCACACAACAUGACCAACCUCGUCGUCCAAAACUUCGCCGCCAAUGUGGCCCUGUCCAUUGGCGCCUCGCCCAUCAUGGCAAACUACGGCGAAGAAGCCCACGACCUCUCGCAGCUUGGGGGCGCCCUCGUCGUAAACAUGGGUACCGUAACCCCUGAUGGUCUGAUCAACUACCAAAAAGCCAUAGUUGCCUACAACGCCGCCGGCAACCCCAUCAUUCUCGACCCUGUCGGCGCAGGUGCCACGUCGAUCCGACGAGAUGCGGUAUCCACACUCAUGGGCACCGGCUAUUUUGACCUCAUCAAGGGCAACGAAAAGGAGAUUCUGGCUGUAGCACGCGCAUCAGGUUACACCAUUGCAGCCACUACGCAGCAGCGCGGCGUAGACAGCGGCGCCUCGCUCUUCACGCUAGAGCAAAAAGCCUAUCUCGUUUCGCACCUCGCAGCGCGCGAACGCAACAUUGUGCUCAUGACGGGCGCCACGGAUAUCGUCUCUGACGGCAUUCGCACAUACGCCAUCUCUAACGGACACGAGUACCUAGGCCGUAUCACAGGCAGCGGAUGCACGCUAGGCACCACCCUCUCAGCGUACUUGGCUGCGAUUCCAGGCGAUAAAUUGCUCGCCGCUGUUGCUGGUCUCCUACACUAUGAAAUCGCGGCUCAGGUGGCUGCAGCCCGGGAUGAUGUCCGUGGUGCAGGCACGUUUGUCCCGGCCUUCCUCGACGAGCUGUGGAAUGUAGCCGAGGGAAUUGGAAGUGGCAAGGUAAAACUCGACGAGUGGGCGAAAAUCGAGUGUCUAAAGGACGUGCCAGAUGCGCGACUGUUGAAGGCUUUCUGA